GAUAGUUGACAGUCGAAAGUUUAUGUGAAAAGGGAAGCUUCCGAUAAUUUACGCGUAUAAUUUAGUUUUAUAGCGAAUUUAUUCAGUUUUUCAACGAAUAUUUCGUAAAAAUGUGGCUAAUUACUUCUUUUUAAGCCGUCAGCGCACGCUGGAGUCGUGCGUAAUAGUAUAAAAAUGCAUAUUCAGUGCACGUUAGGAGCCAUUUUAGUUAUAUUUAUUUUGUGCGUUCAUUGUGAUAAUGCAGCUAUUUACAACGAAAUUAAGAAGAUUUACGUUCCGUCCUCGCCGCAAAACCUGACAGCGAAUCGUGUGACGUCAGACGAGAUCCACCUAUCAUGGGCCCCUCCCACCACCUUCACCCUGCACGUGCCGCGCGUAGUCCCGGAGCCGAAGCCACCAAUCACAGCCAACGACCAGCCCGCCCCCGACCCGCCGGCGACCAAUGACAACACCGCUCAGGCGGACCAACCAAUCAACGACGUCCUCGAACCCGCUAAAUCUCCUAAUAUGAUGGCGGAUAGGGAGUUGGACAAGGAAAUGGAAUAUCAGUCGUCUCUACGCGACUGGUAUCUAAACGAUAAUAAGAAAAUAACUGACGAGUAUCCGUCGGAUAUUCUGAAUGACUCGUACAGAUCUCGACGGGAUCUGAGAUACGGACAUAGACACAGAAAGAGACGGCAAGAGGUGACCGGUGAGGCUGAAAAGGUGGAGGGUUCGGAGACGCACCAGGCCUUCGAAAUGCCCAAAGUGAUGAUGAAGAAAUCAACCCCUUCAAUACCCCACAAAGGCGUGACCCAAGUGGCCUAUGUUUUAUACUACGAGCAAGGUCAUCCAAGGACGGACGCAGCUAAAAUCGAUGGGGUGCAGACAUCAGAUGACGUGAAGAGUAUGAACGUAUUCCCCAGUGACCUUGGCAUGGAGGAUUACCCGAAAGGAGCCAAGAAUCUGACGUUGCUCAACACCGCUGGGAGACUGGCCAAAGUCGUCGGCUUUCGGUUGAAGAACUUGAAAUCGUUCACCCCGUACAAGAUAUGGGUGCGCGCGUUCUACAACUUCUCCCUCGAAGGCGUCAAGUCCUCAGACCUGCUGGAGCGGCUGGGCCCGCAGUCGGAGCCCCUGUAUGUGCUGACCGAUGUGAGGGCUCCGUCGUCGCCGAUUGUGCUGAAUUUUACGUGCGAUCAGGGGAAUGGCAUCCUGUACCUGCAGUGGCGCCAGCCGAUGGUGUUCGACAAUACCCUGGACGAAUAUGUGGUGACACUGAGGAAGAUCCCGGAGCUGCAGCCCCGGACGCGGCUGCGGCUGCCCACGAACAGAGAUGAUAUCGAGACUACUAUCAGUGUGGACGCUGAACUAGGCAACAUGACAAGCUACGAGGUGAAGAUAACGGCGGCCACUCUCUCCGUGGUGCGGCCGAAGUACCUCGUCAAUGGAUCCGAGUCUACGCCAGCGGAGAUAUCAAGUGAAGCGUGCACCCCUUACUCCGAGGCGAUGCCGCCCGACGGCCGAGCGUCGUCGCGAGGCGGCGUCGGCACCGUGGUCCUGUCGAUAGUGCCCAUAGUCGUGCUGGCUGCUACCGCUGCGGGCAUAUUGUAUUGUAGAUGUCGCUCCCGGCUCAGCAAGUGCAUCAGCGCCGCCUACAGCUUCCUGGAGGACGGGGGGGAGAGGGGGGCCAACGCGCCUAUUAAUGCUAAGAAACCUGCAGUAUCGCCCCCACCCGCCAUCUCGCCCGAAGCCGCCCCCGCGCUGCCGCCCCCCGCGCGGCCCCCGCGCAUGUCCCGCCCCGCGCACCCCGCGCGCACCCCCCGCGACUUCGUGCGCCACGUCAUGAGGCUGCACGCUGACUCUGAUGUUGGGUUCAGUAAAGAGUACGAGAUAGUGGUGGCCAAGUCAGCCGCGUUGGGUCACACGAGCCACUACAGCCACCGCCCAGAGAACCGGCUCAAGAACAGAUACCUCAACAUUACAGCUUACGACCACUCCCGCGUCUGCGUGUCCUCGGGCGGGCGGUGCGGCGCGCCCGGCUGCGUGGGCGGCGCGGGGGCGGGCGGCUGCGACUACGUCAACGCUAACUUUAUAGACGGCAUGCUACCGGCUUUGGACGAGCAGAGGAUCAAGUAUAUUAAGAAGAAACUUGAACGACGGAAUAAGCCCCAAAGACAACCAUCAGUGAAGCCCAUCAAACCGCCGCCAAACCUGACAGAAGGCAUAGAGUCCGCAUUCCUCAACAUAGAGUUCAGUGGCAUUGUGGAGUGGGAGCGAGACGGCGACUGUUCCAGUGAAGAAGACGAUGACCCUGAGCUGGAUGAUGUUGUUAUCGAUAUUGAAGGCCAACCUACUCAAAUCAAGCUGGAAUGGGUGGUCUGGCGGCGGCGCUACAUCGCCACGCAGGGCCCCACCCCGCCCACGCUCGCGUCCUUCUGGCGCAUGGUGUGGCAGCACCGCGCGCGCACCCUCGUCUGCAUCACCAACCUCGUGGAGAGGGGGCGGCGCAAGUGCGACAUGUACUGGCCGAGCGGCGGGCGCGGCAGCUCGGCGGACUUCGGCGGCGUGCACGUGACGCUGCUGCACGAGGACGUGCGCGCCGCCUACACCGUGCGCACCAUGCGCGUGCGCACCGCGGCGAACAAGGUCACAACAUCCCUAGCUUCAUCAACGACUUCAUCGACGAGUUCUCCAGACUCCGACUCGCCGCCAGAAGAGCGAAUCAUCAGCCAGUUCCACUACACCGUGUGGCCCGACCACGGCACGCCGCGACACCCAUUGCAGGUACUGCCGCUGGUGCGCGCCGCCGCCGCCGCGCCGCGCACCGUUCUGGUGCACUGCAGUGCGGGCGUCGGUCGAACGGGCACCUACAUAGUCCUGGACGCACAACUCAACCAGCUCAAACUGACCGGGACACUGUCACCUCUGGGCUUCCUCUGUCGGGCCAGGACGCAACGAAACCACCUGGUCCAAACUGAAGAACAAUACAUAUUCGUACACGACGCUCUGUUAGAACACGUAAGAUCAGGAAACACAGAGGUAGAGCCAGAAAAAGCAAGAGAUUAUCUAGUCAAAUUACUACAACCGAUCACGGAGGAAGAAUUAGCCGUGUUAGACCUAAAUCCUGUUAAGAAUAAAAGCGUUAACGACUUGACAAAUGGCUUCGAUCACGCAGAAACGUCCAGUUUAAAGUCGAGUAAGAUUGAGUCCGAAAGAACAGAUUUGCCGAACGGCGACGGGAGUCAACUAUCGAUGAAGACUGACGAUUUGUCGGAGAGUAAAUCGGAAUCGGUGAAGGAGAAUGGGGAUGGGGAAUCCACGAGUCAGGAGGAGAGAGGGGAGGGGAUGGUGAAUGGGAAUGGGGAUGACUCGGAGGGGGUGUAUGAUCUGGCGCCGCGAGCGACGGAUACGUAUAGUAAAAAAAUGGCGGCGUAUAACAAUUUGAGUGAACAGGAGAAGGAGGAGAUUAGGCGGGCGAACCGAGCGGAAAACUACGCGAUACUGGAGCGAAUGCGAUCACUGUCGAAUAGGACGCAGCAGUUCGAGGGACCCCCGCCGUGUAAUUUAUUAGAGAAACAAUAUUUGUUAAUAUCCCGAUCCUGCGUGGAGGCGUCUAUCUGCGCGCGCGCCGCCCACAACGUGGACAAGAACCGGCCCGGCAGCAUGUUGCCGUCUGACGCCGCCAGGGUCAUGCUGGUGCCUAAGCCCGGUGUUGAAGGCAGUGAAUACAUAAACGCCUCGUGGGUGUGCGGGCGCCGGCGCCUCCGUGAGUUCGCGGUGGCACAGCACCCUCUGCCGUCAGCCUCUGUAGACCUGUGGAGGCUGCUGUGGGACCAUACGGCGCAGCUGGUGCUGGUGUUGUGGGAUGAUGAUCCGGAUUGCGAGAUCUUCUGGCCAACUGAGGACGAAAAGGAGCUAUUCAUUGCCAACUUCAGGGCGAGCUUCGUCUCCAAAGACACCUACGUAGCGCACAGGAAGUCGGACCGGAAGUCACCGGUCGUCACGCCGGAACCGGAGAAACCGGAAAUGAACGGCCAUCGCCGGUCGGAGAGCGGAGACUGCAAUGACGAUGAAAGACUUAUACCAGAGAAUAGCUCACCUAUCCUAGACUCAGAACCAGCCUACAGGUUCGACAGAACAGAGCUAAGAUUAGAGCGUCUAAGCAGCGGCAGCAAAGACUUAUCAGCCCGAAAAUCAAUAGCCAACGGAGACCUAUUCUCCUCGUUAUCCGAAACGCGAAAAUCGGGCCCCAAAUCGCCGCGAUCGCCGUCGAAAAUGUCGCUCAAAAACUUUAAACUGAGCUCUCCCACCAAGUUUAAGUUCCCCGACUGGGGGUCUCGAGCGGCUGGUUCCCCCCCGGACACGGCCCCGCCCCCGCCCCCCGUCGCCCCCGCGCUCACCGUCGAAGAAGAGACGGAACUCCGAAGACCCGUCUACAUGUUCGAGAAAGUCACCUCCAUCCCCGAAGACGUACCUUUAGACCGAAUAAUCGAAGUGACAAAUGUUAGCGUGCAUUCCUUACAAGACGACUACCAGUUGAGUGUUAAAUUCAUGCGGUGUAGUGGCUGGUUAGAGGGGGAGACUACGGCUUACACUCUCGGUCAUCCGGAAGAGAAUGAGUUUAUAAGGGGGGUGAUGGAAGCCAAGAGUGAAGAGGAGAGGGGGGAGGCGUUGGAUCGACUGACGGAACCGUAUAAAGACUCGUUUGCGCUGGUCGAGUUUGUGGCUGGGUGCCAGAUGGAGUACAAGAACGGGCCGGUCGUUGUUGUUGACAAAAACGGCGACUGGAAAGCCAUGUCGUUCUGCAGCCUGUCGGAAGCCUGCGGGGCCCUUAGCGCGACCGAACCCGCCGACAUCUACCGCUACUGCGCGCUCGGGGCGCACGCGAGAUGCGCACGCGCAAGGAAGGCGGUGGUAGCGCCCUCUGCGCUGUUGGCGCAGUAUGCGGCGCUGGCGACUUAUCAUGCUAAUACUUGAAGGUGUCCAGAAAGUCCUGAUCCACGACAAAACGAGAGUGAAUAAGACACGUAUGUCGCACAUUUAUUGAAUGUUGACGGCUUACAGAGUAACGUAUAAUACUCAAAGCGUUGUGUGUAUAGUAUACCUGAACUAAAUGUUGAGUAUCCAAAAUAGUCAUGCGAAUUUGAACCGUAUGCCAAUGAUAUUAACGCUGCUUAUGUGUUUUA